UGGUCAUAGUUAUUGGAGAGCGAAGAACUUACUUUGAGGACCCAGCAGUGUCGGUAUCAACUAAUUUGGUCGCCCAUUCUAGUGGUUGCAACAUCAUAUGAUUCUCGUUUGUCUUCAGAUUCUCAGCUUUAAAUACGAUGUCAGAAGCUCCGCCCGUUGCACCGGCUCCACCAGAUCCUACGGCUGCACCGGCUCAACCAGAUCCCCCGGUACCUGCGCCUAAAACACUUUUAUCCUUGCACGAAGAUAUGCUUGAAGAUAUCAGUCGCUUCCUGUCGCUUAUGGAUAUUUUAAAAUGUGUCCUGAUUUGUAAUAAUUUCGACAGUAUCAGCCAAAGGCGAACGGAGAAAACUCAGAUUGUAACAUCGGAAUUCAGGCAGCAAUUCUCCAUAGAGGAAAACACUAAGAUUUUUACAAAAAUCGGUUCGUAUGUGCAAAAACUGAAGAUCAAUGAAUGGAUCACUCCGGCAAACAUUGAUUUUUAUCAAAUAAUAGCGACUCAUUGCUCGGAUACUGUCCAACUUGAAUUGAGUUAUCCUUCCCGAUGCGGGUUGCCUAUAUACAAGGAGGUCAUAUCGAAGGGUGCGAACAUAGAGUUGAUACGGUUCCAGGCAACUGAAGCAUACCCUGGCAGGGGCUUACAACAAUCACUGAAUUUAGAAGAAAACUUAUGUCGUGUCAUAAACAAUUUAGAAAACUUGAAACAUUUGAAAUUAGCGCAUUUAACGGAUGUGACGGGCGAACAGUUGAUGCAGCUCACAAAGCUAGAAGAGCUGAACAUAGCGCAUUGUCACAGCUUCAAAAGCAGCAGUUUCAUUGGCAUUUGCGAAAAGAACACGUUGAAAGUUCUGAACAUGGCCAACUGCAUUUUGCUAGAUAACGCCGCUCUGGAGAAGCUCGUCGAAACCCAGGACCAACUCAGGAUGAUCAUACUAAGCAACAAUCUAGCAGCUGACAACUAUGAGAUAGUGGGAAGCCUGAAAAGUCUGAAAGAUUUAUUCCUCUAUAACUAUCAGAAUAAAAAACUACGAGAAUUGAUCGCCAACGUAUCUGAAAAUCACAAGCACGACUUAGAAACUCUAGAGAUAAUUUGUUCGCAAUCCGUUACCAAUUUUGCUUCGACAAACUUCUGGUACCAUCUUUCCACACUAGAAAAUCUAAGGACAUUACAUGUACCGGUUGCGGAGGGACUGAAUGAUUACAACUUGAUAAAUAUCAGUAAAAAACUGAAAAACCUGAAUAGGUUAGUUCUUACUUUCAAUGAAUAUCGUCCGCAUGAACUAACGAGUAAAAGUAUUAUUCAGUUCCUAACAAAUUCGAGAAACUUGAGGGAACUUGCCUUAUUUCCUUGGUUCGAAAUCCACACCGACAUGAUUGACGAAAUUGUAUCAUUGCGGCGAAAGGUUAAUGCUUGUUUUCUCACUAUCGAUUUCGGGGACAGAGGUGUGGAUUUACAAAUGCCGCAGUCAAGAGAUUGGGGAGAUGUAUUGCGAAUAAUAUACAGUAGGAACCCGUGAGCUACACGAUGUCCAUUUAAGCCGAUUAUUUCUUUAUUUAUUAUUUAAACUUUGUUACAAGUGUGUCCAAUCAAUGUGUGUAAUAAGUGAAAAAAGAAAAUUUAGUCCUUUUCGUACAACCUAAUGGAGGUGCGAAUUACUGCCCUCCAGUCUAAAUACUAUUUUUGUAAUUAAAAUGUCCAUUGACUGCUACAUAAAAUAAAAUUAUUCCAGGAUUGCAAAAUAAAUCAAUGAAAACUUAA